AUGGGGCUGCAAGUGGAGACGCCGUCCUUUCUGCUCCGGCAGAUUUUUCGUUUGGUUUUGGACUGCACCGUGGUGGCGGGCUUCAUCGGCUGCAUGGUGUACAUCGCCACCUUUGGGAACACGUGGACGACCGUGUCGAUGCGUUUCGUGCCGUCUCUCCUCGGAUGGGCAUUCUUCCUUUCCUCGGUCUUUGUCUUUGAGCCGCUCUACCAGCUCUACGUGGGAAUUACCACCGGACAGUGGCCGACGUGGGCGGCGCGGUCCACCCUCGAACCUCGCGUCCACGGACAGUUCAAGCUGGAAGAAGAGCAGGCAGAGAAGGCGCGCGAGGAGGGCGUCGAGCAACCCGACGCGCGAAAGAUCUUGUUGCUGACGAAGAAGAAGGCGCUGCGUUUCAACCGGCUCGUGACGGACUUCAAGAUGCGCCGAAAACUGAAGUUUCGCCAGGGCCUGAUUAAAGCGUCGAUGGCGCGUCUGCUAUAUUGGCACCACCUUCUCCGGCACUCCAUUCACCGCGUCUGCAGCAGGCCGUCCUUUGCGCUGGCGACGGUCGUGUGGAAUUUCGCCUGGUCCGUCUCCUGGUGCUUGACUCUCCAGCGGUGGCGACGAGACGGCUUCGACGAGCUGUGGGACUUUCGCCUCAUCCAGGGCUCGGACUACGCGACGCAGGAGUUCUUCCUGUCGGCGGCCACGCUCGAGUUCUUGAUGAUUUUCCUCCAGCAGACGGAAGUGAUGCAAAUGUUGCUCUGGCCCUCGUUCUGGGUCGAGCUCUUCACGCUGCCGCCUCUCACGGUUCUCUUUUACUUUGUGUUCGAGCGUAUGUUCUCCAGCCACUACAUCGCAGCCGAGCUCCUGCUUCUCACCGGCUGGCUGCGCUGGAUCAAGACCUUCGUCAUGACCCGGUUCAUCAGUGCCUCGGUCGUCUGGGGCAACGCGACCAAGGGCCACGUGGUCCAGCUGGUGCUCGGGAUCGUUUUCCUGCUCACUGCGUUUGCCUCUGCCAUGUUCACUUCCGACGGAAUCAAUCCGGAAAGCGUCGGCGACUUGGACCGCAACCUGUACACCGUGAAAGAGUUCUUCAACUUUUGGUACUUUGGAGUGGUCACCAUGUCCACCGUCGGCUACGGAGACAUCUCGCCGCGCACGGUUAUGGGCCAGUGUUUUUGCAUCACGUUCAUCGUCACGGCUCUGAUUUGGUUGCCCAGCGAGUUCGGGCGGCUCAUCGAGUCGCUGACCUCGCGGCGAAAAGUCUGGGGGCGCUUGCCGUUGAGGAUCGAUCACACCGCCUUCGUCGUGCUCCUCGGAGAUGUCGAGCCCGCCCAGCUGUCCACCUUCUUGCAGGAAGUCCGGCUUCGGCGAGCUGUACCCCCCAAGGUCGUGGUGCUGAGCAGACACCCGUUCGAGGACUAUCGGAACCAGAUGGAGGAGGCUCAGAGCGGCCAGGUGCGGCUCUGUCUCGUCACCGGCGAAGCAGGAAUCGGCGGCGAUCCCUCCGACCUUCUCUUGGUCCAGCCGAACCAUUCCCAGGGCGUCUUCGUGCUCUCCUCCCCGUCGGCGCUGUCGGCCUACUACGACCGCCAGACGUUGACGCGGCUGCUCAGUCUGAUGCGCCUCCAAAUCGACCCCGCCCACAUCGCCGUCCAGCUGUGCACGAACGUGUGCGCCAACAUCAUCGCCUCCAUGGGCUGUCUCAACUACUCGAUUCUGAGCGACUUGAAGAUGGGCUUGAUCGCGAAGGCCCUCUGCGGCCACUCGGGCAUCAUUCCGCUCAUCUGCAACCUCUCUGGAAGUACCUAUCCAGACGUGCCGAUCGGACAGCUCGCCAGGCAGUUCCCGCCGGAGACCCUGCCCGGCCUCUGCGAAUAUGUGAAAGGUGCAAUGCACUCCCUCUACGCGUUUCGCGUCCCGCCCUGCAUGUUUGGCGUCCCCUUUGAAGAGGUUUGUCUCGGGCUGUACUACUGCGCAAACAUCAUCUGCGUGGGGAUCGAACGCGACGCACAGCCAAAACCGUCGACGGCGCAUGACCCUGCGCGUGGCUGCGGCAAAGUCGCCUGCUGCUCAAGCCUCGGGAGGCGGUACAGGCGGCUGGUCGAGGGACGGCCCGCGGGCAAGCAGGCCGCAGGCCGUCGCCACGCUGCGUCCACCAGCUUCUUCUCGCCAGUGAACAGUUCGAUGCAGCUCUGCUCCUCUUCCGACUCCUCAGAUUCCGAAGCUUCGUCGCCUCGCUCCCGGGAAGACGCACGGUGGACCGUGGCGCGAGGUUCGCAUCCCGACGCGGCCGGUGAGCCGGACGGAGCCCGCCACGUCAGUUUUUUCCCGUCGCUCGAGGCGCGACCCGCGUCGCCUUCACGCGCCGCGCCGAACUUGCGACCGCGCAAGCGAGCCGGCGGGAACGGCGCGGAGUCCGGCAGCAGCGAGUGGAGACAGCGCCAGGUCGCCGCGAGCUCGUCUCCGGAGCACACGGCGAAGAGGACCUCUGGCCAGGCGAGCCAAACAUCUCUACGGGGCAAGACCGGCGAGGGAGGUCCGGGCGCCGCGUCGCAGCUCUGUCCCUCGUUGUCUUGCCGUUCUUCCGUCGUCUCUCCGCAAGAAGAGCGUCGUGGCAAGCAGCCGCCCAAGGGUGGAGGCAAACCGAAGGCCUCCCGUCUUCCCUAUUUCCAGACUCCGAAUCAAAAAAUUUCCUUCUGGGUCAACCCCGCAGGCACGCACUACCACCUAAGAGAGGGCGACAAGUGCGUCAUCAUUGCUCCGUCCGUCGGCGCUGCCGAGUUCCUCGAGUCCGCCACAGUCGUCCCUUGGUCGAGCGUCUUCUCCUCGCCUCUCGGGCGGUUCGUGGACCUCCUCGCGACUCAGCCGGCGCGCGCAGCUGCGCAGGCAGCGGAGCAAGCGGUCGCGUUGGCGGCGGACGCGAAGGAGGUGGUGCAUGUGGCGAUCACGGCGACGAAGGACGCCGUCGGGAACGUGGUGAAAGCCGGGUCUGACGAAGAGAGCUCCGCGGCCUCGAGCGUGCACAACGCGUCCGCAAAGACGUCAAGCGGGGAGGCUGGUGGGAACCGGCGGUCACCUGUUUUAUCGCCGAAGAAGCGAAGAGAACACCCAGAGCCUCGAGGCGACCUUGUGGAAGGCGCGAAACCGAAGGCCGCAGGCGCCACGGCGGAAGGCGCUGCUGCGAAGGCAGGCGUCGGCGGCAACUCGGCGGCCGGACAAGAAGGGAAGAGGGGAAAGGGGGUUUUGGAACACAUGACAGGAACAAUCACGCCCAAAGAGCAACCGGAGACCACGCGCCCGGGCGAGGGUGCGGGCCGCAUCGAAGGGCGCACGGACGACGGCGAACUGAGCAACGGCGAGGCGACAGCGGCGGGAGCGGACGGUCGGCGCGGCGGACAGUCCCUUGACAUGGACGACGGGGAAUCCGCCACAGAGGAGACGCUUCCGAAUCUCCGAGACCCAGGAAGGGCGGUGAGCGGACAGAGCGAGGAAGACCAUCGGAGGUCCCGGAACGGCGAGCGAGAGCACCCCGAGACCGCAUGCGAAGACAGGCUGGAACCCCGUGGGCGGCCCAAGCAGUUUUCUUUUUCUUCGCACCCGGCGACGGCUCCUCUCCGCUCGUCUUCGACUGAGUGGUGUGAGGAGCCCGCGCCGGUCGGCUCGUCUGCCGCCUUCUCUGGCAGUUCGCCGGGUUUCCGCCGCGGGGAGUCGAGAACGUCUCUCUCGACCUCUGCAGCGCGUGCUUCAGGUGACGCAGACCUCGGCGCUCUGUGGCACUCUUCUCGGGGACAAGAAAACCACGUGCUCACUGCCGAUCAGCCCCCUUCCACGACUUUUGCCUCUUUCCCAACCGAGACGGAGACGGACGACGCGUUUUUCUCAGAGGUUCCUUACUCUUCCCCAACUCCUUCUCGUGGGACGCCCCGCGAGACAACGUCUGAGCCGCACCCCCUGCCCGCUUCUUCGCAUCCAUUUCUGGCUACGUCGCCUCAGCAUCACUCGCCUUCUGCCUCGCGUGCGGCUCUUCCGCCUGUCGGUUCUCCGUCCAGUCCGGAUCACGCGAACCCAACGCGUCACUGCCUCGCCCCGCCGCCUGCUGCUUUGACCUCUUCUGCCCAAGGGACGUCUCCAGAGUCUUCACCAUCGGCUCUGGGCGGCGCACUCGCGCCUCGGCUGCUCCCUCUCCAUCUAACGCAGCCUGCGUUUCCCGCUGACGGCGACACGGAACCCGCGAACUUGGAGAAACGGGCGUCGUCUCUUGGCACGUUCAGUUCCAGCCAGGACCCGUCGGGUUCGCCGCUCUACGAAGAUUCUGGAUAUGCCACCCUCACUCCGCGCCGUGGGAGGAGCGUCCAUGAGCGACCUUUGGUGGCAGAUCGCGCUGGAGCAGAGAGAGAUCGUGACACGCAGAGCCUGCAAAGUCCAAAAAGCUGGGCGAGCUUGCCAGUGGCCAUCCCCACGCCUCUGGAGCUCAGAGAGGGAAGAACAGCCGAGAUCAGUCCGUCGGCAGCUGCCGGUGCUUCCAACGUCUUCAAGAGGCUGUUUAGCACUCCCACGGCGCUGGAAGUUGAUCGGCUUCCAGUCCACGUCUGGGCUGGUGGAGGGGAUGAAGAAGCGACCGUCCCUGUGGUUCACGUCGGCGCUCAAGACGACUUUGAUAAGGACCUAGAUUCGCAGUCUGUCGGGUGCAUCGCGACGGAGCGUGCAGAAGAGCCUGUCUAUCUUCCUGGAGAGACAGAGGGCCCGGAAGGCAGCAAGCGCAGUUCAGACGCAGAGAAGAGAGACAAGUGUCGAGAGAGUGGCCGAAAGGACCCGGCAGGUGGGGUCACCUGGCGAGAUGCGCGAGACGUCCCAGGGGACAAAGCGGCAAGCGACCCAAGACGGGGACGGGCCACAGAGAGCAGGUAUUCGAGCGACUACGACGACUCGUCCACCGAUGGGUCUGAUCUGCUGGCGGAGCCCCAGCUGUCGUGUUCCGACCAGAUCUUUGCGUCGAGCUACCAGGAAGGCCGCCGGCUCAUCUUCUCUCACCCGGACCUCCCGCUUAUGCUCAUUUGCGGAUGGCCCAAGUAUCUCGGAGGCCUUCUGAUGAAGAUUAAAGCCAUCGGCGGGUGGAAUGUCGUCAUCCUCACGGCAGAGGCACCGCCGCCGUGGGGGGACUUGCGGUACGUGUUCCCGUUUCGAAGGUUCACAGCCAUCGUUCGAGCCCGGCCUCUUUCCGAGGUCAAUCUGGUCAGGGCAGGCGUUCUGGAUGCGAAGCGGUUCUUUAUUUUCCCUCUCGGACUCGACAACACAGUCGCAGCGAGUGGCGAAUCGAUUGUGCAGCAGGAUGAUCGCAACGUCAUUCUCGUGUACCUUCAAAUCAAGAAUCUGCUUCUUCAGAAAGCGGACAUGCUUUUACGCCUUCGCGCGACGAUGCCUCAGCGUCAGCAGUCUACCGGGUGGAGAGAGCCGCGAGACCAGUCCACUGGAAAGGCCAGUGCGCUCGCUCGAGCUCUUUCCAGGUCCUCGUCGCACACUUUGCGGUCGCAUUUUCGUGCGUUUCCGUCGGCUCGGAGUUCUGCUUCGCCCUGUCCGACAGGGAGCGGCGGACGUUCAUUUCCGCAGCCCCUUCAUCAGAACCAAGCCGUCCACCAGCAAUCUUUUUCUUUCUUUGGCGAGGAGGGAGGAGACGAAGAGAGAGGCGAGGCGGCAGCGCACGAAGAGGUUCGAUUUCCACCUCAGGCGCGUGCGUCUCGCAGUCAGGACGGCCUGGGGCAAGAUGCACGGCAGGGUUUGCAUGGCCCCCACGUGGUUCGUCCUAGCGAUACUUCUGGUAGGUCUGUUCACAACGGGACAGGCGCCGGGGCUAACAGCGGAACGCCCCUUUUCCACGCUUCGCCGCAGCACGCUGCUUCUUCUCCGGGGCUAACCACGAAGGAAGACGGACUGCGGCCGGCAAGUCUGUACCUCCACGGAGAGACUCGCCAGAGCUCUCUUCCCCUGUGUGGCGAAGGCAACGCGAAAGGUGCGCGGGCCGCAGGCCGGGAAGGAAACAGCGGACGGCGAGGCUCGGAAUCUUUGUCGUCCUGGAUCCCCAGUGAUCGUGAAUCCGUGGCGAAUCCGCAGCUGGGACCCGGUCUCAAUCGAUGCGGGGUGCUCCACUGUCGCAUGCACUCUUCUGAAGGGAGGGGAGGGGUCGCACCGAGAGGCCUUUUCGAGGACCAUGGCCCAAGGAUUCGCUUACCUCGCUCCUGUCCAGAAGCAAGAAGGGGCAAGGAACAAGACGCGGAAGUUAGGAGAGGACACGACGGCGUCCGCCACCAGAUAGAGAGGGUAAAAGCAAACGCUGUGUGGAGGGAAACGGCGGAGAAUCUUGAUUCGGUUUCUUCUGAUUUGCCUUUCGCAAGUUUCAGUUCGGAGGAACUCAUGAAAAUCGCGUCGGAGGCGUCCCUGCAGACGGACCCAUCUCCCUCUUGUCUUGACACGGAAUUCUCGCCUCACGAAUUUUUCCACGGAAACCUCGAACUGGGUCACGAAUUCCUGAGUGAAAACGUGGGAGGCCAGGAGGCCGCAGCACCGGUUUCGGAAAGAGAGGCGAGAGAUGGCGCCUCUGCUGGCGCUUCGUCGUCUCCCAAGCCGCCGGGAGUCGCGUCUCCUCCAUCAGCUUCACCUGCUGUCUCGAGCACUUGCUCCGGAAAGAUCUCUACGCGUGUUCAUCUCUCCAUGGCGAAAGACACAGAGACACCAAACCACCCUCCGGGUCCUGGGAUUGAGCGGAACGUGAAGGACUACCCUUGCUACAGUUCAGCCACUUACCUGCUCUCUCCCGAAUACAUCAGUGGAAACCUCUUUGCUGAUAGAAUGAAUUUCGGUUUCCUUACGCAACAUCCUGCGAUUUCCCCUUACUCCAUCACGCCUCAAUUCCUUUCGGAGCUCAUUGGAUACGCCUUCACGGGCAAGUGGCCGGGUAUUCAGCUGGAGUCGAUUCCCCCCUCGUCUCUGGAAGAUGGCCUCACCUUCGGAGAUUUGUUCCGUACCCUGCUUCUCGACAACAAGAAGAUCGCCGUUGGACUGUACCGGAGUGGUAUAGGCGCACUCAAGAGCUACGUUUAUACAUGCCCGUCUCGACAGUGCCUUCUGCAGCCGACAGACCGGGUGUUUGUUAUCCCUGUUGGCUUCCCGCGGCCUCCGUUGUCUCCAGAAAAGGUGAUAAAGAGAGUUAAUGCGUACCUGGCAACGACGCUAGCCGGGGGCUCAUAG